AUGGGGAAAGCAACUAUACUUGUUCUUUUACUUGUUUCACUCCACAUUCAGAAAAUCUAUACUGCUCAAAUUGACUUGAUUUCUGAUUCAAGGUUCUUGACAGAAUCAGACACGUUGGUCUCACCAGCCGGAAUUUUUGAACUUGGGUUUUUCAGGCCAGGCAACUCUGAUUACAAAUACGUUGGUAUUUGGUACAAGAAAAUCUCUGUUCAAACAGUGGUUUGGGUCGCCAACAGAGACUUCCCACUCAGGGCUGCAUCAUCCAGCACACUGAAGAUCAUCUCUCCAGGAAAUCUUGUCCUCAUCAACAACACUAAUGAUAUAGUAUGGUCAUCCAAUACAACGUCAUCAGUCAACGCAAUUGCACAGCUUGACGACACCGGAAAUCUAAUUGUCAAAGAAAGAAUCGAGGAGAAGAUUCUGUGGCAGAGUUUUGAUUAUCCAACUGAUACUCUUCUACCUGGAAUGAAGUUAGGGAGAAGUUUCUUGACUGGUAAGGAAUGGCAUCUAUCUUCAUGGAAAAAUAGUCAAGAUCCAGCUCCAGGUGAAUUCACAUGGAUCACUGACACAAACGGCUUUCCUCAGGACCUACUAAAACAAGGUACAUCAAUCAAGUUCCGGAUUGGACCAUGGAAUGGUAUAUGGUUUAGUGGGUUUUCUCCGGUCAACCGGAACAUCAUUAAAGCAGACAUGGUUAUUAAUUCAACGGAGGUGACUUACAGUUAUUCUCUUAUCAAUUCUUCUGUCAUCUCAAGACUUGUCGUGAGUUCAUCUGGCCAGAUAGAACGUUGGGUGUGGGUGGCUGAAGCUAAGAAAUGGCAGCUUUUCUUACAGUUACAAAGAGAUUUCUGUGAUGAAUACAACAUCUGUUAUGCUCAUGGAACCUGCAGCGUUUUGACCCCACAAAGAUGUGGUUGUUUAGAUGAGACAAGGUUCGUGCCCAGAAACCAAAAGGCAUGGGAAGUAGCAGAUUGGUCGGGUGGUUGUGUGAGGCGAACACCAUUGGAUUGUAGAACAGAUGGGUUUAUCAAGUAUUCUUAUGUGAAACUGCCCGACACAAGGACUUCAUGGUAUAACAUGAGCAUGAACAGGAAAGAAUGUGAAGAAAAAUGCUUGAAGAAUUGUAGUUGUAUGGCCUAUUCAGAUACAGACAUCAGAGGUGAAGGAAGUGGCUGCUUGCUUUGGUUCAAUGAACUCAAGGACAUAAGAGUCUUCCCUCCGGGCAAUGAUGGUCAGGAUAUCUUUAUAAGAAUGGCUUCCUCAGAAUUAGUAACUGCAGCUCAGUCACUACACGAGAAGAAGAAGAAGAGACUAAACCUCAAAAUCAUCUUACCGGUAGUUUUUCUCGGGGUUCUUCUGAUAGUCUUUAGCUCUACAUGGUUCUGGUACGCAUGGAGAAAAAGACAUGAUCCAAAACCAAGGAAAGAUUCCAUGGAGCUACCAUUGUUUAGCUUUUCUACAUUAGCUAGAGCUACUGCUAGUUUUUCACCCAAUAAUAAAAUUGGAGAAGGUGGAUUUGGAUCAGUUUAUAAGGGUGUGUUAGAAGAAGGACUAGAGAUUGCAGUUAAGCGUUUAUCUAAGACGUCAACCCAAGGACUUGAUGAGUUCAAGAAUGAAGUCAUUUUCAUUUCAAAACUUCAGCACCGAAAUCUUGUUAAACUCCUCGGAUGUAGCAUACAGGGAGAUGAAAAGUUGUUGAUCUAUGAAUACAUGCCAAACAGAAGCUUAGACUCUUGUAUAUUUGAUAAGACACGAAGCUCCCUACUAGAUUGGACUACACGCUUUAACAUUAUCAAAGGAAUUGCUCGAGGACUUCUUUAUCUGCAUCAAGAUUCACGAUUAAGAAUCAUCCACAGAGAUCUUAAAGCUAGCAAUGUUUUACUUGAUAAAGACAUGAACCCUAAGAUAUCGGACUUUGGAAUGGCUAGAAGCUUUGGAGGAAAUGAGACUCCAGCAAAAACAGAGAGAGUUGUUGGCACGUAUGGUUACAUGUCCCCGGAGUACGCAAUAAAUGGUGUUUUCUCAAUAAAAUCGGAUGUAUUUAGCUUUGGUGUUAUAGUGCUGGAGAUAGUGAGUGGGAAGAGGAACAGGGGAUUCAUUCAUUCUGAACAUGACAAUAACCUCAUUGGACAUGCAUGGAGAUUACAUAAUGAAGGCAGGUCGAUGGAACUUAUUGAUACGACUUUAGGCCAAUCAAGCAAUUCAUCAGAAGUUAUAAGAUCAAUUAUAGUGGGGUUGUUAUGUGUUCAACAAAGUCCAGAAGACAGGCCAGACAUAUCAUCUGUUGUUGGGAUGUUGGGCAACGAGGGUGCAUUGCUGAAACCUAAGCAGCCGGCUUUUUUCACAAAAGGAAUCUUACAUGGUUCUAAUAUUUCUUCAAGCAGUUACCCAACGUGUUCAACCAAUGAUUUAACUGUUACAGAGGUAGUUGCUCGGUAA